AUGCCUGCCGUCUACGAAAGAUGGUUGGUUGGGUGGAUGAAAUCUAAACUUGCUGUUCGUAGCGCAAACUUGCAAACGCCCACCUUAUGCACGUGCCGUUCCAUCAUUCGUCUUGGAGCCAUAUUGCUCGGUGCGGAUUCACUCCGUCACGCAGUCCCUGUUGAACUUGGACGUAGAGAUGUAUCCGCCGGAGUUUUAGAUCAACUUGCCUUCUUUUCCCAAUACUCUGCGGCGGCCUACUGUCUCGGCAACAACAACAGCCCCAACACCAAAAUCGCAUGCCCACAAGGCAAUUGUCCCCUCGUUGAAGCCGCGAAAACGAGUACCCUCACCGAAUUCGAGAACAGCGUCAAGAGCGAUGUGACAGGCUUCGUCGCAACAGACACCACCAACAAACUCAUCGUGCUCUCAUUCCGCGGGUCAAAGAGUGUUCGCAACUGGAUCACCAACGUCAAGUUUCCCGUCACCAAGACGCCCAUCUGCGCAGACUGUGACGCGAGUAUCGGGUUUUGGGAGAGCUGGGAGGAGGCACAGACCGAGGUCCUGAAAGCCAUUUCAACUGCGCAAAAGAAAUUCCCAAACUUCAAGGUUGUUGCCACUGGACAUUCGCUAGGCGGUGCGCUGGCAACUCUCGCUGCGGGUGUGCUGCGCAGCCAAAACACAACAGUCGACCUGUACACAUACGGUGCACCCAGAGUCGGCCUAGAAGGCAUUAGCCAGUUCAUUGGUGCACCGGGCAAGGGUGAGACUUUCAGGGUCACGCACAAGGGCGACCCUGUUCCCAAACUUCCUCCUUCCAUCCUCGGCUACAGACACUCUUCGCCAGAGCACUACGUCCUUAGUGGCAACGAUGUACCGCCAACGGUUGGAGAAAUCGAAGUUCUCGAUGGUACAUUGAACCUGAAGGGCAAUGCGGGCGACUUGGGAGUGGAUAUCGGCAAGCAUUUGUUUUAUUUUGGAAAUAUCAGUGCCUGUGACGGAAAGCAAGGCAUCGAGGUCAAGGCGUAGAAUCCUGUCCAUCGUAUGAUGAAUUAAACGAUUAUGAUUUUU